GCUUGAGAUAUGCCAUAAUCUUAACGUGACCAAACUUUCAUUCACAAAAUGUUUAUAUAUAAACUCUUUCUUACAAACUCUUCUCCAUAACUUACUCUUCGUUUUCUACUUUUAGCAUUUGUUUUUUCAUAAUGUCUAAUAUUGCUGCCAAUCAUCUUCACUAUCUCAGAAAGCAAUCCUAUGCAGUUGUAGCAAAAAGUAUAAGGAUGCAAGUGGCAAAGACCAAUGUGGAAGUGGUGAAGGCAAAUGUGGGGAAUGAAUCAACUUCAGUGGGCAAUAAAGAUGGAACAAUCUUUUGGAUGAAAGAUCCUAAGACUGGAAACUGGAUUCCAGAGAAUCACUUUGGAGAGGUUGAUGCUGCAGACCUCAGAAAUAUGUUUCUUCCCAAAAAAUCACAAAACCAGUGAAACAAUUUACCUGUACCCUAAACCCUACUGUAUCACCUCAAAAAGGUGUUUUUAUAUGUAAGAUGUUGCUCUUUACUUUUCUUAUGAGUAAAUAAGAUCCCCAACAUCAACUUUCAUAAGAAUAA